UUUCAAAAUUUUCGAUUAGUUUCAUUAAAUUCUAGAAGUUUUCCCAUUAAGGCUUUCGCUCUGAAGCAAUGUCGAGCAUUUUUCUGGCAUCAAGAUGUUAUCACGAAUCCAAAUGAGCCUGGAGCGAUGUCUUCAGGGGCAUCCACAACGCUUUCUUUCUUCGUUAAGCAACAUUUUCCGCCGCAAUCGCAGCGAUGGCAAUGAGGAGUGCUGGAAGCUGCCAACACGACGACAACACUUGAAAUGCCUAAAAGAACAGAACUUUGAUGUUCUGGUCAUCGGCGGAGGCGCUGUUGGUUGCGGCUGCGCUUUGGAUGCGGCAUCCAGGGGCCUAAGGACGGCGCUAAUUGAGGCCGGCGAUUUUGCAAAUGGAGCCAGCAGCAAAUCGAGUAAAUUAAUCGAGGGCAGCACCGCGCACUUGCAAGCGAGCCUUCGAGGAGGAGAUCUGCAGCAGAUCCUUAGGCUGCAGCAGGUGCUGAGCGAGCGUGCCACAAUGCUGAAGAUCGCGCCACAUCUGAAUCGAGUGCAGCCCAUGCUGAUGCCCAUAUACACUGCCUUCCGGCUGCCCAUCCUGUGGCUGGGAUUGAAGCUCUACGAUGCCAUGUCUGGCAUGUCGAAUCUUCGAGCCUCGCACUUUCUCUCGAAGGAGGCAACGCUCAACGAGUUUCCCCUUCUGCGUCCUCAUGGACUGCUCGGCUCCUUGGUCUACUACGAUAGCCAGCUAGACGAUGCUCGCAUGUGCCUAGCUUUAGCUCUAACGGCUGUAAAAUACGGUGCCACUGUGACCAACUAUGUGAAGCUCAACGAGUUGUUGCCCGUUAACCAGGAGAGCAACUGCCGCAAGGCCGUUGUCGAGGAUGUGCUGACCGAAGACUCGUUUGUGAUCAAGAGUCAGUGCCUGAUCAAUGCAACUGGCGCCCAGACAGAUGUGCUUAGAAAACUCGAUGACCGGCAAGUCAACGCCAUUGUUCAGCCCACGCUUGGAACUCAUAUGGCGCUGCCCGGUCACUUUAGUUCAUCGCAGUGCGGCCUGAUCUUCCCCAGCGGUCGCCAAAUGGAUGGACAGCCCUUCUACAUGCUUCCUUUCGAGAAUCGAACACUAGUUGGUUGCCUCGAAACUGAGCCCGAGGAACCGCGGCGAGUCUAUCCUGCUGCCAAUUGCGAAGCAGUCGAUUGUCUUCUGGAGCAAACACGUCAAGUGCUCAACGAUUGUGUUCUGGUGAGUCCGGAUCACGUGCUCAGCUCCUGGUCAGGCGUAAUGCCCACCAUCAUGUGCCCCAGCUCAGAUGCUCAAAGUGAAAUCACUUCCAACUACCUCUUGGAGGUGAGCAACAACAACUUGAUUACCUUGGCUGGUGGCAGCUGGAGCUGCUAUCGCGUGAUGGCCGCCGAAGCGAUCGAUACGGCCAUAGAUCUGUGCUGCUUGGAGUCACAGAGCGAGACAAGCAACACUCACUACGUGUUGCUCGAUGGUGGCGAGGAGCAUUGCCCAUUGCUGCCCAUCAAUCUGGUGCAAAACUAUGAUCUGCCCCUCGAUGUGGCACAGCAUCUGGCCGACACCUAUGGCUGCAAUGCCUACCAAGUGCUCUUCAAGACCACCAAAUCUGAGAGGCAACGACUGCAUCCGAAUUUCCCCUACAUUAAAGCGGAAGUGGACUAUGCCUGCCAGCGAGAAUACGCCUGCCAAUUGGUGGAUGUGAUUGCUCGUCGGUUGCGAGUCGCUUUUGUGGAUGCCUCGGCGGCAUUUCAGAUGCUGCCCAACGUGAUGAGCAUCAUGUCCAAGCAUCUUUGCUGGACUGCAUGCACACAGAAAUUGCAGCUGAAAGCGGCUAAAAGAUUCCUCAUGCAGCAGAUGGGAUUGGGCACGAUAGUUAAAUACAAUCCACUUCCCAAAGAGGAGAAGAAAGACAAAGAAAAUCCACCAAGCGAUAAUCUGCAAGACCCUCCUCCCUGUGACUAUUGCAGUAUUUUGGCCAAGGCGAAGAGCACAGCUAACAAAGAUAAUAUUCAUGCUCUAGGUGCUGUCAUUCAUCCAAUUGUGGCAAGAUCUCAGACGUUGGACCAAAAUGAAGCAUUCAAUAGUGAAACAUAUUUGCCCCAAUAUCAUAAAGGUAUUGCUCCGCGUUAUGUUGUCAACAAAGUGGUUUUUCCCAUCCAAUAUGAAGAUGAGGAUGAUGAUGAGAAUGAUUUAAAAGCAGAUGCUUCACAAACUGACAAGGACUGCAGUGAAAGUUAUGUUGCAAAAAUGGUUGAGGAUGAGGUUGGAAAUGAUGAUGAUGAUGAAGUUCUGAAUGAUUUGGAGGCAGACAUUUCCCAAAUUGACAAAGACUGCAGUGAAAAUGAUUCGUAUAGAACUGAAGAAUAUGAUCAAGCAGAAAGAGAUGAAAUUGCUGAGGAUAGUUGUGAAGCAAAAGACACCAAAUCGAAUAAGAACACGUUGGGUUUCCUAAGCCAGCAGCAACCCGCCUGCAUACGUCAUUAUUCUAAUCCCUGCAAUAUUCUCAUUUCAUCGGAUAGCAAAUUGAAUUCAGCCAAUGUCCAGCAGCCUAGCAAGAUUCAGACAGUUGCAAAUUCUAAACCAGGGGAAACUUCAGAAAAACAGGAAAAUACUCCUGAACCAGCUAAAGCUGAAGCUGCCAAGUCUCGUCUAAUAGAAAGGCUUACUAAGCAAAACAAAUUACCAAAUCAGGCCAGCCAUAGGAUAAUCAAAAUCAACUCUAAGCUGCCUAGCAAUAGUAAAUCAAAUACAAGAGUUGUCAGCUCUUCUACAGUAAAAGCCAAUUCCAAUGAAGUGCCCAAGAUAAACCAUCUAACUAAAGUAAGGCAAGUAAGGAAUAUUAAUACCACGAAUUUAAAUGGGAAUUCAAAGAUUGACAACGCUCACUACAUGAAGCUAUCAGAGGAAUUCCUAAAACCAAAUCACUCCAACCGAAAGUGUUUUGAAACAAAGAGGCUCGAUAUAAAACGUAAACCGAUUGAACCCAAAUUCGCUAUGAAGAAAUUCAAGUAUCCGAGCAAACCUCUCUCGCUCGACGAUCAAAGACAAAUGUUUAGUCCAAAGCGUGUCGAUGGUUUAUUUACACCAACAGCCCAACUGGAAGCUCUGCUCUCCAAGAAUACGUAUUACGAACAGCUGAAGAGAAAUGCGGAUAUCAGGAGUGUACCAAAAAAGUAAUACUCGAGAAACAACCAGUACAAGAUUAGCUAAUAACUACAAAAAAUGGCAGACUAUUAAUCCAAAUGUGAAAGCCACACCUGAUUUGGUGGUAAAGCCACCGACAUCUAUUGCAAGACCCAAUAGCGGGCUAAGCAAGAAUCCAAACACGAAAAACACUUUCAACAUACCUCACAUGAAUCCCAAGCAUCGAUAGUCUUCAAAUUUCUAUCUAUUUGCUCAAUAUCAACGCAAUCGAACACAAUAGGAAUACACUUGUAUCAUGGGCAAGUUGUUCUUUGUGUGGAUUGCGC